AUUUUACAAAAAGUUUACGCGCGAAAGAUCUUCAUUCUUAUCGCAGGGAGAAGGGACGCUUGACACGUGGAUUUAUAUAGCUUCGUCUGACAGAUCAAGAUUUGUGGAGUUAUCUUGAGCUUUUUUCACCGUAAUUACCGUAAUUGCGUAAUUUGAGGAAAUACCAAGACAUAGGUACAAUCGUGAUGAAUUCAGCGGGAAGGCGAACGAGAAAAGAUUCAGGCUCAGGAGACAAUUCCUCUAGAACGAUGAGGACUCGCCAGGAUUCCACCAUUAAAGACAUCAAUGGAGUACUUUCUGUCCGCUUUUUGGAUGAUGCUGAUGCUUUGGAGAAGAUAUGCUGCAUCUCCAAAACUGCACCAAAAAUGUCUCGUGUGGGCGAACUGCUGCGGAAUUCACAACACCUUAUAAGCCACCGUGCUGGAACACCAAUGUCAGUGGCAGACCCCGACUCCGAGUCUGAGCCAGAAAGUCCUCCUGCACAGCCAAACGCAGCGCUCACGGAGCUGAAUUCGGCGCAGCUGGAGGUCGAGGACACUGUCCGCGGAACGGCCGUGUUCGGAUUCCAGAGAUGCCACCGACGCUCUCACUUGCGCCGCGUGGCAGAAGAGUUUGCACAAAAGUCGCCGGUGAAGACGGCUGCGGCAGACAUCAAGUCGCCGGGCACCCCGAGACGCGGCUGCUCCGGUCUGCCGGCUUCCAUCGGCAGCGGCCGACGGGGAGGCCGGCGGCCCGUCUCCAGGACCGUUGACGAUCGAGCUCGAUCCCGAUCUCGAUCCCGAUCUCCGCCACCAGCUCGUUCACGAUCCAGAUCCAAGUCGCGGUCCCGUUCACGCUCUCCGCCUCCGCCGCAGCGAAACGGCAGGACACCCUCCACGCCCAAAUCGGCGGCGGGGAGGACGCCUCAGACGCCGCGAGGCCGGGCGUCAGCCGCCCUGCCGGCGAAGACGCCGCAGACAGUGCGGCGAAAGGUGAAGCUGCGCCUCUCCAAGCUGAAACAGGAGGACAUCGCCGUAUCGGAUGACGACGACGACAGUGACGUCUCGCCACUCGAGGAUUCCUCGGAGGACGAAUACAAGGCGCCGAUGGAGGAAGAGGAGGAUGAUGAUGAAGAGUCCGAUGAAGAAGAUGAGGAAGAGGAGGAAGAACAGACGAGCACAGUGCCGCCGGCAGCGGUCCGAGGCCGUGGGGGCGCUCCCCGCCGCCGGCCGGAGCUGGAGCCGGCCGCAGUCAGCGCCGAGGACUACUUCUCUCUGCACAGCGCCGGCGGACCGACGUCCAACCACACACUGAGCCGGCUGUCGGAGCCGCGACUAAGCGGCGCCGCUUUGCGCGCCCUCCUGGACGCCCGGCCGACCGACCACGCCGCCGAGCGGGCCGCUCUGCUGACCGACCUCGAGAUCAUGUUUCCCCACUGGUUGGCCGCGGUCAGUCACGGCUUCAACAUCCUUCUGCACGGUCUGGGCAGCAAGCGCGACGUGCUGGAACGACUGCGGCGACAGCACCUGCGCGAGCGGCUGCACAUGGUGGUGAGCGGCUACCACCCAAGCGUGACGCCGCGCCAGCUGCUGCUGACCCUGCUGGAGGAGGCGCUGGACGUGCCGGCGCCGCCCUCCAAGCUGGAGGCUCAGCUGGAGGCGGUGGAGCGGCGGCUGGCGGCGCCCGGUGCGCCCGCCCUGUUCCUGCUGGUGCACAGUAUCGACGGCCCGAUGAUGCGCGCAGAGAAGAUGCAGUACGUGCUGGCGCGCCUGGCGCAGCUGCCGAGGGUCCACCUGCUGGCCUCCGCGGACCACAUCAACUCGCCGCUGGUCUGGGACCAGCACAAGCUGGCCCAGUUCAACUUCCUCUGGUUUGACGCCACCACGCUGCUUCCCUACACGGAGGAGACCUCGUACGAGAACUCGUUGCUGGUACGGCAGACGGCCGACCUGGCGCUCUCCUCCCUGCGACACGUCUUCAAGUCGCUCACACCCAACGCGCGCGGCAUCUUCAUACUGCUCGCCAAAAACCAGGUGGAGCGGGCCAGCGACAAGACGUUUGACGGCAUGCCGCUCUCGGAGCUGUACCAGCGGUGUCGGGACGCGUUCCUCGUCAGCUCUCAGGUGGCGCUGCGCGCGCAGCUGACAGAGUUCCGCGAUCACAAACUGAUCCGCACACGUCAGUCCCAUGACGGCGUGGAGCAGCUGACGGUGCCUCUGGAGGCGGCACUCAUAUCAGAGUUCCUGGCGAGCUGUGAGGACAGCUAGCUAGGAGGCUAGGGGAAGUUGUUCGGCCGAGGAGCUCGGAGCUCAGUGGCCCUGGAGGUCAUAGGAGCUCGUCAUGCGGGUCUGACGCUCAGGAUAACUGGCUGAAUCUGGGCCUGUUGCGUAGGACAGCUGUAAUGUACUUUCUUUCGUGGAUCUGAGGGCUGGUGAAGUCACACUGCAUUGAUGAGAGCCUUCCUUGCCAGCGAGUUCAAAUUCAGGGGCCAAACUCAGAGUGCUGGACGUGUAGACAAGUUGAUGCGCGGUCGCCUGCCUGGCGUUGUUCCUUGUCUAGUGCUCAGUCAGUGUCCGGUUUUUUGAGUCAAUAACUUUUCCCACGUAUGUGAUGUUUUUCUGCCAUGUUGUUGGUAAAUACAUAUGCUGUGAUUUUU